AUGAAUGAUAAUAAAUUUAACGAUAGUAACAUAUCGAUAUCUAAAUUGCUACAGAAACCAAAAGAUUCAAAUAAAAAAAAUAUGGCAAAAUUUUAUUGCGAUAUUGAAGCAGCAUUAUCAGGUGAAUUAUCUGAUACGGAAGAUGAUGAAAUGCCUCGUGAUACUGCAUUAAACAAAGAAACACCAAUAUCAUUGAUUAAUGAACAAUUAAAGAAAGUGAAGCGAUUUGAAACACGAGUUGUUCGCUAUCCAAAUGGCAAACCAUUAGCAAUUAAUAUUAUUCAUAAAGUAUAUGUUGUUCAAUUAGAAGGAGCUUAUGCAUGGGUUCGUUUAUACGAUGGUAAUCGACCACCGUGUUUUGAUGCUGCAAAUGUUUUAUUGAAAACGAUGAAAUCGUUGGAAUGGAAGGAAAUGUUACCUGGAACACCGUGUGUGAUAUUUACACGUUUCAAUCCUCUUGAUAUUGUUAAUGAUGGAAUUGCACGUGAAGUUACAGAGUUUGAAUCAUACGCUCGUGCUAUUAUUGAAGAAUGUCAUCAGACGACAAAAACGGUUACCGUUCGUCUAGUUGAUUUCGGUUUUCGUCUUACGCAUUUAGAUGUUGCAGCUAUUAAACCAUUAACAAUUGCAUUUGAUGGACCACCAUUAGCAUUUCGAUUACAGAUUGAUUUAUUACCAAAACAACAGAAAGAAAGUUUAUGUCGAUAUAUAACAUUAAGCAUACGACUUACAACAUCACGAGAAAAGCAAUUUUUAUGUUGGUCAAAAACAUGGAAGGCAAUUGAUAUUAAGAAGCAAAAUUGGAAUAAAGUAAAAAGUGAUUGUUCAUCGAGCAUAAAAUCAUCUGAAAUGAAUAAUUUGAAUGAUCAAUAUUGCGCAUCCUCAUGUUUUGGCUUGGUAACACAAAUUUUCGUUUCUUCUUGGCUUAAUAAUGAACAUAAAAGAGCCGGUGGACGAGGCAUUGAGGCUGCAUUACGUGGAAUUGAUAAACAUCAUUCAGAUUUGCCACCAUCUGAAUUUGCAUUGCGAAAAACAGAUAAUUUCGUCAAGAAAAAAAUUUUUCAAUUUAAUCAAUCUUCCGAUGAUUGCUUAAAUCGAUUAGCACCAAAUCGUAUUAUGGUAUCAUUAAACUGA